AUGAUUCUUCUCUUGUGACAAUCCAGACAGAAAGGAAAAGCCUUUCUGACUUCAGCUGAGUUAGAAGGCGCUGCGAUGACAGAUCACUGUUGUUUUUGUGCCAAAGGACCAACUUCAAGAGGGAAAAUGGAGUUAAGUUAACCAUUACCACACCGACUCGGCGCAUUCCUGUGUGUACAUUUGGUGAAUAUUUGGGGUUGUUGCGCCGACGGGGACAAAGUUGGCGCAUGGAGAGGGACGAAGUUUCAUUUUUGCGCAGCAUCUUUUCUUUGUUUUCUUUGUUUUUGUGGCAUCUGUGCGUCAAUCACGGCUUUUGGUGCAACAGAAGUCAAGAAGCCAGAGUUCAGUUGUGAGUGUUUUUGAAUUCAUUAAGUUGAGAAGAGAACGAGACAACUUGAGGACACGGUGUUACGUCGGGUGAGAUGGUGGACAGCAAACCUCUCCUCCAGGACAGACCUCCCGCCUACGCCACGGUCCCCGGGGCUUAUGAAUACGGGCCACAGCAACACAACUACGGGGCCAUCCCCCCUGCGGCCCCGCCGCCGUACCCCUACCCCGAUGGACAAGGAUACCCUGCGGCCCCCAUGGCCCCAGCUGUCUCCCAGCAGCCGUAUGCUGGGACCUACACCAUCAUCCAGCCCUCUGUAGUGGUGGUGGGGGGCUGUCCUGCCUGCAGAGUCGGUGUCCUGGAGGACGACUUCACCUGUCUGGGGAUCCUGUGUGCCAUCUUCUUCUUCCCCCUGGGUCUCCUCUUCUGCUUCGCCCUGCGUCAGAGAAGGUGUCCCAACUGUGGCGCCACCUUCGGCUAGAGGGACCAAACCACAGCUCAUGCAUCUGCUUGUGCUCCCAUGCAUAGACACGCAUCAUCCAGCAUCUUUUAUUUUUCUUUAUAUUGCACAUUGCUGUCGCCAUUAUGUUAUGUACUGCAAAUGAUCAAGAAAUGACCUUGGAUUAUGAUGUGAGUUUUUACUAGAGGAACGUGUAGAAAUCUAUUUUCAUCUAGUUAAGAGAAUAUAUUCUAGCAUAUGUUUGUGUCCAUCUGUUGUCAGUGCCUUCACUUCAUGCUGAGUGAUCAUCGGAGAUUCCAUCAGUUUUGACUUUCUGUAGAUUUAGCUCAGUUUUCACAGGAUCUGAGCAGAUUCCUUUAUGUUUUGUUGCCAGAAAUAAUCGAGGUACAUGCUACAUUUGUGCCAUGUUUUAUUUUAUCCUUACUUGUCUUUGCUGGCAUGAUUCAUGCAUAUUUUUUUUAGGUAAAAUUAGGAACAUUGUACUCAUUACAGCAUCCAUGUAGAUUGCUGUUGUAUUAGCUUUUCUGUAAAAGGAAACUUUUUUGUUGAAAUAUAAUCUUUUUUGGCUCUUUGCUGCAAGGAAUAACUGAUAUACGUCUCUAAAGAAAGACGAUGUUUAAAGGACUGUCCAGGCUGAAACAACAGGACUUCCUUUUGCAGAAAGCCUGCAACUGUCGCUCUGUUUUUGUUGAUAUAAUUUCUCGGGGCCAUAUUUGCACUGAUCAUUUGUUCGAUGAUUAUUCUGCUGGGUUGUGCUUUUCCAGGGCCAAUGCAGAACUCAGGUACAUACAAUCUGAAAUGCCCUCAACUUCACAACCUCACUCACUGUUUUACUGGGACUUCUACCUUCUCUUUAAGAGGACUACUACGUCUGACUUCACCUCUAGUAGGUGGAGUCUCACUGCAAGGAAGCAUGCUGAGAGUAAACGCUGAAGAAACCUCUCACUAAUGUGGAUUUUUAUCUUAGUACUCUAUGACAAGUCACCCUGCCCCAUUCCUCCUGAGCAGACAAUCAAUCGAGAAUGUCUAUGUCCAUGUAUCUACCGUAUCUCUGUGUCUACGUCUUCCCUUCAGCCAGAUGUUAUGUAACUGUCCAUGGCAGUAAAAAACAGAUAUAAAAGGGUGGGAAGGGUUAAAAAAAAAAAAAAAGAAACUUUCUGCUUUAGAAAACACACUACGCACGCUCUUAUGAUUGAGGUUCUUACUUUUUAUAUAUGAGUUACUGUAAUUAAAAACAAUGCUACAGAA